GUCCAAGUUGAAAUCUCAAGGGCAGGUUGGAAUGGAGCGAGUUUAGUUGAUGUCCAGAGCAUGUGUGCUGGUGUAUGAAGAGCUAGAGCAUGCUGUGCAGAGUCGAACAUGUACGCAGGUGUGCUGCCACCUUGAACCCCAUCUUGGGUUUCGUGGCCUCCAGACAGAAGCACACACUUCCUGACCUCCCGUAUGACUAUGGUGCACUUGAGCCUCACAUCUGUGCUGAGAUUAUGCAGCUGCACCACAGCAGGCACCAUGCAACAUAUGUCAACAACCUCAAUGUCAGUGAGGAGAAAUAUCAAGAGGCAUUGGCCAAGGCUGAUGUGACAGCCCAAGUGUCCCUUCAGCCUGCAUUGAAAUUUAAUGGUGGUGGUCAUAUUAAUCAUACCAUAUUCUGGACAAAUCUGUCACCAAGUGGUGGAGGAGAACCACAAGGUGAGCUGUUGGAGGCCAUUAAGCAUGACUUUGGCUCAUUUCAGAAGAUGAAGGAGAGAAUGUCUGCUGCCACAGUGGCUGUUCAGGGCUCAGGCUGGGGCUGGCUAGGUUUUGAUAAGGACAAUGGGAGGCUGAGGAUUGCUGCUUGCCCUAACUAAGACCCUUUGCAAGGCACUACAGGUCUCAUCCCACUACUUGGGAUAGAUGUCUGGGAGCAUGCAUACUAUCUCCAGUACAAGAACGUUAGACCGGACUAUGUUAAGGCUAUCUGGAAUGUUGUGAACUGGGAGAAUGUCACAGAGCGUUUCCAAGCUGCCAAGAAAUAAAUUACACCACACUUGGUAAAAAGGAUCACUGUGUCCAUUUAUACAGUACCUUCAGUGCGCACAAAUAAUCAAACUGUAUUACAACUACCAAACUUAACUAAGAUUCUAGAGAGGUGUUAUGGUUCAUGACAAGCUCAUUUAUCGUACAGAUUUAUGCAUCGUUGUUCAUAGCUUGAAUUUUCAUUGGAGUUCAACUUGAGUAUGUAAUGCCUUGUUUUCAGCACAUUUAAAUAAAAUGGUUAUUUG